GUUCAUGAUUUGUUAAAAGACUACGAGUUAAAGUACUGUUACGUGGACAGAAAUAAACGAACAGCUUUUGUUACCUUAUUGAAUGGUGAACAAGCCCAGAAUGCAAUUCAGAUGUUUCAUCAAUAUUCUUUUCGAGGAAAAGACUUAAUAGUUCAGCUCCAGCCAACAGAUGCUUUGCUGUGUAUUACCAACCUGCCCAUUUCUUUUACAUUAGAAGAGUUUGAAGAACUUGUUCGUGCUUAUGGAAAUAUUGAGAGAUGUUUUUUGGUCUACAGUGAAGUUACUGGCCAUUCCAAAGGUUAUGGAUUUGUGGAAUACAUGAAAAAGGACUUUGCUGCAAAGGCUAGAUUGGAGCUAUUGGGUAAACAGUUGGGAGCAUCAGCACUCUUUGCACAAUGGAUGGAUGUUAAUCUAUUGGCCUCAGAACUCAUUCAUUCUAAGUGCCUUUGUAUAGAUAAACUCCCUAGUGACUACAGGGAUUCAGAAGAACUGUUGCAAUUUUUUUCCAGUGUACAUAGACCCGUGUUUUGCCAGCUUGCACAGGAUGAAGGUAGUUACAUUGGUGGCUUUGCAGUGGUUGAAUAUUCCACUGCAGAGCUCGCUGAAGAGGUUCAGCAAGCAACAAAUGGUAUGACCAUCAGGGGAAACAAAGUCCAGGUUUCCUUCUGUGCUCCAGGAGCGCCAGGGCGAAGUACAUUAGCAGCAUUGAUAGCGGCUCAGCGUGUGAUGCACAGUAAUCAAAAGGGCUUACUUCCAGAGCCAAAUCCAAUACAAAUUAUGAAAAGUUUAAACAAUCCUGCCAUGUUACAAGUUCUUCUACAACCCCAGCUAUGUGGGCGAGCUGUUAAACCAGCAGUUCUUGGAACCCCUCACAGCUUGCCACAUCUGAUGAAUCCAUCCAUCUCCCCUGCAUUUUUACAGUUGAAUAAAGCACAUCAGAAUCUUUCUCAUGUACCGCUGGCACAGCAACAGUUAAUGAAGUUUGAGAACAUUCAUACUAAUAAUAAACCUGGCUUACUUGGAGAACCCCCAGCCAUGAUACUUCAAACUGCACUAGGGAUAGGAUCGGCGCUUCCAUUGAAAAUGGACUUGGGGCAUCCUGGAGAAGCACAUAAAACAUCUAAUCUGAUUCCAACUCAAACAACUGUAACAGCUAGAAUGGGCAUAUUACCAUUCUUUCCAAAUCAGCACAUCGCUGGACAAGCCGGGCCAGGGCAUAGUAAUACUCAGGAGAAACAGCCAGCCACGGUGGGAAUGGCAGAAGGAAAUUUCUCAGGGUCACAGCCUCACCUUCAGAGCUUUCCAAACCUUACUGCUGGGGGAUUGCUGACAGGACACCCUAAGCAGCUGCAAAGCCAGCCAAAAGGCACAGAGACAAGUUCAGGGGCUGCCUCUAAGAAUCAGACUUCACUCUUGGGAGAACCACCAAAAGAAAUUCGGCUCAGUAAAAAUCCAUACUUGAAUUUGGCAAGUGUGUUGCCCAGUAUGUGCUUAUCAUCCUCUGCAAGUAAAACCACUCUACAUAAGACUGGAAUUGCAAGCACCAUGCUGGAUGCAGUCUCUCAGGGAAAUGAAGCACAAUAUACAUCAGAAAAGUGCAUUGCUUAUCCUUCAUCUUUUGGUGAUUAUGCACAGGUGUCAUCUUUAAGAAAUGAAAAGCGAGGCUCAUCGUAUCUCAUCUCUGCCCCAGAAGGUGGUUCAAUGGAAUUUGUUGACCAGCAUUCUCAGGGCACAGGAGCAUAUUAUGUGGAAACCUACUUAAAAAAGAAGCGUGUGUACUGAGUUAAGCUCUCAUUAUAACCUCCUAAGGUUCUUUGCAGUAUCUCUGCUGUUCAUCGCUGCCUUAACUUCAUUCAGACUAGCCAUAUCCUUUAAAUACGGGUUUAUAAUUUCCCAGAAGGAACUGUGUUAUGCAGCAGGCAGAAUUGCCAAAUAAAAAUAAGUAGCAAUAAGAGACAUCAAUUGAGAACAUUUUCCACUAGAAUUAGAUGCAUCUUAAUCGAUGUGAUAUUAACUACAAUUCAUUGGAGAAACUAACAAUGUUCCAAUAUUCCUUGUUUUAGGACUGGGAAUAAUUUUAACACCAUGUAUAAAAUUUAAAGCAAUAAAUGGGAAACAGUCUUGUUUCCUGAGCCUUAGAAGAGUUUCUUAUAAGCCAAUGUGCAUUUCAAUUUAUUUCCCUAGAAGUAAUCUCAUUUAUAGAUUUUUAGAACUUUUCCUAGAACUACAAGGGUGCAAUACCAAAUGUGGUGAUGGUAAUGUUAUAAAGACACUCUACAUGCAAACUCAAUUACUACCCCACACCAGCCAUACAAUAUUAAACCCAACAUACAGUGAUAGUGAUAUCCAAGGUAUGCACUACUACAGAUGCUUUAAGAUGUUAUUUACCAUUUAUACCUUCUGCGAAAAACGCAAGGUAUUAUCUUUGGUGAUCUAAUACAGGGGUUGGCAAACUACACUCUUGAGCCAAAUUUGGUCCACCACCUGUUUUUUUGUGCUGCCUGCAAGCUAAGAAUGAUGUUUAUAUUUUUAACUGGUUGGAGGAGAAAAUUUAUGACAUGAAAUUUACAUGAAAUUCAAAAUUCAGUGUCCAUAAAUAAAAAUUUAUUGGAACACAGCCAUGCUCAUUCAUUUACAUAUUGUCUAUGCCUACAUUUGUCCUACAAUGGCGGAACUGAGUAGCUACAACAGAGACCAUAUGGUCUGCAAAGCCUAAAAUACUUUACUACCUGGCCAUUUGUAAAGAAAAUUUGCUGGCCCCUGAUCUAAUAUAAUUCUCUAUUCCAUUUACUUUACCUAAAGAAAGACCUUCAGUCUUUGAAACAGGCUUGUAAGUGGCAAGGAACACAGGUUUCUGUGCCUCUUUUCAUAGCAUCAACUAGUGAUGAUCUAAUUACUAGAAUAGGGUCUAUUUUGAUCAUCAAAUGCCCAUUUUCCACAAUAUAGUAAAGCAGUCAGUACUGCCCUUUCUGAAAGAGUCUUGUGGAAUAAUAGAAUUUAUAACCAUUUUGAGCUAAUGAGCUAUACCUCACUCUGCUCUUUCUUUAAUAGUGUGUUAGACUGAAAAAAUAUCAGCCAUUUAGCCCAAUUUACUUCUUCUGAAAGAGUUUUUGUCUUUACUGCAUAUGACUUUUGACAUCACCAUUUCCUGAAGACCCUGGUAUUAAAUGCAUGAGAAACCUUUUGCCAUCUAGAAAUUUCUGUUUGUUAACUGUUAUGAGACUGUAAUUGAUACAGAGUUUGGGGUCUCAAUGAUCCUAGUCUUUCCGUAAUCAGAUUAAAAAAUAGCUUGUCAUUUGGGGAACUUAUUAUUUUUGACUAUAAUACAGAUAUCCUGUUUUAAUUACAAAGUCUAGAAUUGGUACAUAUGUUGUAUGCUUUGUAAAGAAUUGUACUUGGUAUAAUUUAUUGCAUAUACUAGCUUCUGUUGGAAAAUGACAGCUAGAAAGUUAAACUAAGAUAACUGCCUAAGAAGUAUACUACCUAUGAAUAAUGGAUCAAGAUUAGGCAUCAGUUAUACAGCAGAUGACUAAUGGCUUCUCCAUGCCUGCACUUCUCCUUCCCAUUUUCCUGUUGCAAUUAGUCUCUUCACCUCUCCUAUAGUGCAAACAGAACAAAGGGAAGAUGGUGAAUUUGACAUCAGAGCUGCAAAGUGAAAGCAGGAAGAGGUUGAAAAAGCUAAAAGAAGGGUAUUUGGGAUUAUAGCUCAUGUGGAUCUGCCAUCCCUACUGGCCUUUGCCCUGUUAUCAAUGGACAUAACAGAGAAGUGCAAAUCAAGUGGUGUUAAUAAGGACCAUUACCAACCCUCCCCCAAUCUAUAGUGUUAUUUUUCUAUGUAACCAAAUUGUUUGAAAUGCUUUGAAAAUGAAGUCUUAAUAUUAAAAGGCAUAUGCAUGUAAA